CUUCAUUCGCGUCGUUCUGCUUCAUCGCGAAACCAACCGUUGGACCCUCCCUCCAUACAUGUAUUGACUGUUCUCGAGAAUAAUCCCCUCCUCAUUACCUUGAUCCGCCAUCCCCCCACUAUCACCAGCACUACCGCUACUAUGGCUGCCGCCCCUACUCUCCCGCCUGUGGAGAGCACCGAUAGCUUCGCCCCCGACUUCAACAACACCCUUUCUGCAACUUCAAAUGGCGUUACUCACGCCGAAGAUUUUGCUUCAUCACCCACCGAAACUCUAGCCCCUUCCCAUGCUCCUGCUACCGUAACCUCUACAGCCCAGCCCACCGACUAUAAGCCAGAUCCCCAGAUCCAGCAGAAAGUGCAAGAUGUACUCCACUCAGAUAUUGGUGUCAAUACCCUGCUCAACCGCCUCAAGGCCAGUAUUGCUAGCGCAAAGGACUUCGCCAGCUGCCUGAAGCGGCGCGGUCAGACCGAGGAAGAACAUGCGGCCAGCCUCAAGAAACUAAGCCGCAUGACGUUGGACAGCAUCAGUAAACCCGAAGGCCGCCAUGAGAGUUUCAAGACGCAGUUCGAGCAAGUGUUGCACGCCAACGAGCGCAUUGCGGACAAUGGAACCCAAUUCGGCCUGGCUCUACAUGCCAUGCAUGAGAAUCUCCUCCAGCUAGCCACCAAGAUGGAGGGCAGUAGGAAGACAUGGAAGCAACAGGGUCUCUCCGCCGAGCAGAAAGUGCAGGAUGCCGAGAAGUUGGCGGAGAAGGCAAAGGCCAAAUACAAUCAACUGUCCGAAGACCUCGACAAGGUCAAGACUGGUGACUCUGGCGCAGGCAGGAAGUUCGGUCUCAAAGGGCCUAAGUCGGCUGCUCAGCACGAGGAGGAUCUUCAUCGCAAGGUUCAGGCCGCUGACCAGGACUACGCCUCCAAGAUUCAGACCGCGCAAGCUUCCCGUAAAGAACUGAUCACUACUCUACGCCCUCAAGCCGUCGCUGCUCUUGUAGAUCUCAUCAAGGAAAUCGAUGCUGCGCUGACCAUGGAGAUGCAGAAAUUUGCAUCAUUCAACGAGAAGUUGGUUGUCAACAAUGGCCAAGUAGUCAGCCCUCAGGCCCCGAGGGGAAGCACCGCGCAACCCCCACCAAGCAUCAAUCAAAUGAUCUACCAGAUCAACAACGAUAAAGACUUUGACGACUAUGUAUUGAAGUUUGCAGCUAAAGUCCCAGCCGUGCGCACCGAUCUGACUUAUGCCAAACAUCCAACACAAGGCUCAAAUCAAGUAGCAACCCCAUCUCCCGUAGCACCCAGUGCAGCCCGUCAGACAAUUACCCAGGUUCAAAAUCAAGCUCCAUCGGCUUAUAACACGCUGCCGGAACCUGUUGAAACCCCCACUCAUCAUCAAUCCCCUCCCCAAAUCGAGACGGCACAACAAUCGGGUUAUCAACCAUCAUAUUCCCACCAGCAACAUCCACAGCAGCCUCCACAGCAACCCUACCAGUCGCAAUUUGGGAGCUCUGCCUAUUCAUCACUAGCCCAAAACCCUUAUGGUCAAAAUCCUCAUCAAGGAUCAUCUCCGGCGCACAGCUCAUCGCCACAAAGCAGCGGGGUAUUGUACAAGAAUUCGAACCUCUCCUCGAAACCACCUCUUAACCCGGUCUUUGGGGUCAGCCUCGACGAGUUAUUUGCAAGGGAUGGCUCGCCUGUACCCGCCAUAGUGUAUCAAUGUACACAAGCCGUCGACAUGUACGGUUUGGAGGUUGAAGGAAUCUACCGCAUUCCGGGAACUGCGUCACAUAUUCAAGCCAUGAAGAAUCUUUUUGACACUGAUGCGUCCCAAGUGGACUUCCGCAACCCCGAAGCGUUUCAACACGAUGUCAACAGUGUUGCUGGUCUCUUGAAGCAGUGGUUCCGAGAACUACCUGAUCCUCUUCUCACCCGAGCAUUUUACGAGAGGUUUAUCGAAGCCGCACGCAAAGAAGACGCCACUGUGCGGAGGGACAUGACGCAUGCAGCCAUCAACGAACUCCCGGAUCCAAACUAUGCUACUCUCCGGGCUCUUAUGUUACACUUGCAUCAUGUAGUCCAGUCGGCCGAGGUCAACAGGAUGACUUCUGUGAACCUGAGUAUUUGCUGGGCACCGGCUAUAAUGGGCUCGCAGACAAGCAAUGACUUGUCUGCUGCCGGACUCCAAUCUAAAGUUGUCAACACCAUCUUGGAUCACGUCAUGCAGAUUUUCGACGAGGACUAG